CUCACCGUGGUUGUGUACUUCCGAUUUUAUAACCUCGCAUAUUAAGUCUAAAUAACUUCCUUUUUCACCUGUGUUAAAUGGACGUUUAAAAUGGCGCCAAAGAAUCUAUUGGUAGGGGCGAUUGACUUUGGAACUACGUACUCGGGAUGGGCAUUCUCAUUUUUACACGAGUAUGAGUCUGAUCCUACUAAAGCUUUUAUAAAGCAAUGGAAUUCCGGUUCCGGUACACUUACAACAGAAAAAACGCCGACUGUUGCCCUCAUUAACCCGGAUGGGAAGACAUUAAAAGCGUUUGGAUACGAUGCCGAAAACAAGUACAAAAACUUGACAGAUACAGGCGGAUAUGAAAAUUAUUUCUACUUCUGCAGAUUCAAAUUGGCGCUCCAUAAAAAGUUGGGAGAGAAACUUGAUCGUCAUUUGACUCUGGAAGACGAGAUGGGUCGUUCCUUGCCUGCAAUUGAUGUGUUUUCUUUGUCAAUACAAUACCUGCUGAAAGAUAUGAUGAAGGUCGUAAAUUCCCGGCUCUCGGGUAAUGUCACGCAGUCGGACAUUCGUUGGUUGCUCACCGUCCCUGCUAUCUGGACCGAUGGGGCUAAGCAGUUUAUGAGAGAAGCAGCUGUACAGUUUUGA